ACAGUUUCGAAGUUUACUUUAAGCAAGAGAUUUAUAAAUUAUAAAACAAAACUAUUUUUUGUAAGUCAGUGUAAAAAGUCUUUUCUGUGGAGACUGUAGUUACGAAGCGAAAAAUGAUAGUCUGUUAUUGCAUGAUGGGGGCGGUCAGUAUGUGCUUUGCCGGUGAAAGUUAUCAAACUAUAAAAACGUAGAAUAAAGUAAGAUAAAUGUUAUAUUCCUUAAUGAUAGCGCACUAAAAUACGAUACGUGCCAGGAUAUGUACAUUUCAGCUUCAUGGAAGAUCUAGAACAUAUUCAAAGUUGAAUGUUUAAAGCAGAUCCCAACUCAGGCUCGUAUAACGUGGGAAAUACGAAAAGUGUCCGCAAUGACCACAUCAUUAACAUCUGUUGACAACUUCAGCAAAAAGUACCCGCGAGCUUGAAAGGUUGACCGCAUUUAAACUUACUUUAAACCCGCAUGCUUUUAUUGAAAGAGGUGCAUUUUCAGUGGAAGUUCAAUGCAAGAGGUACAAGACAAAUGUUGGUGAAAAAGGUAUUUUAUUCCCCAGAAAUUAGUUUUUUUAUAUUAAUAAUAUAUGUAUUUAACACCGAUUGGUUUUCUCUGCCAGUUGUACCAGGUCUAGUAUAGUGUCUGUCCAAAUGAAGUCAGUUAGGAACCAGCGUGUUUCAAAUGAUGCACAGAGGAAUUUAAAGACUUCAGCCCAACCCUUUAAAAAAUCACAGAGGGAGGGAGUAAUCUAGAAACCAUGAACAUGACUCCUGGAUGACACAGGCAAGUUGGUAUAACUAUGUCACACACAGAUUUGGAUGAUGUGGAUGCCACGCCUAGUGGGGUCUCUCUUGAAACCACCAUUACCUUCUUGCCCGAUCUUGUGCUCAGCGGUAUCUUCCAGUAUUUGUACUGGAAGGAAAAGAUAAUGGCAGUGGAAGCCUUCCCAGCAUGGAGCAGAAUUCUGGACUCUUCAUUAGGCUGGAAACAUUUUGAAAAUGACCGCAGCUAUGCACACUCCUUUAAGGCUCUCAUGUCACCCAACUACUUAUUUGAAGAAAUCACAUGUAUUGCACAGUAUGGACAGUUCUUCAUCCAUGGUGUUAUAUGGCUGCAAAAGUUUCUACCCACUGACAAUCCUGAGGAAACUGACUUUGCUCUGCUAGGGGCUUUAGAGACACACUGUUUUCGUCUAAAGUCACUGGCCAUCUACCACCCACCCAACCUCUCCUCCUCCUCCAUUAUCCUGUCUUUUGUGCCCUACAUCCAACCUCUGCAGAAGAUGUUCAGCUUCAGCCCCUCCCUGAAGCUCAGUUUCUACCGUUUGCUCUACUCCUCUGUGGAAGCUCACACUGGUGCCCUCGACCUUCUUCACUUCUAUCUCACUCACAAUGUGCUGCAGAAGGUUGCCUGCCUGGACUUUUCUCAUGGACUGAUUUUGGCAUCUUCAGUUCAUCCUCUGAACUAUCUUGUCUACUGCAUGUCUCUACGUGUGCUCAAAUGCCCCAUCCAAAAUCUGAACACUCUGAUUUUGCAACAACUUGUAGAAUUCAGCCUGCAGGAGCUGUACCUGACCAGUGAUGAGCAUACCCUUACUCUGAAUUAUGUUGAGAAAUCAGCCAUUGACUGGCAUGCCCUGCAACUCAUACCUGGGCGGAAACUAAAGGUGCACUAUGUGUUCAAGAACAGGUCAGUUUAUCCAGUGCACAUGUGCCCAAAUCCCUACGCACGCAGCUUGGUAUUUGACAGUCUUUGUUCCAGCAUCUCUAGGGCACUCUUGCUGUCUGUAGCUGAUAUGUAUGGAGCCACACUAGAACACGUUGCCUUCAUCCUAGCCAUCUGGGAUCCUCUUGUGCCUUUCUCGGAUUUGGAGGACCUGCCUACUAAUAUCCAGGCAAACAAUUACAUGGCGUCUAGGCUGAAGUGUGUGCAGACUGUGCUGCUUAACCUCGUCAUCCCAAAAGAUGCACUUAUCACCCUGGCUCAGCAUGCCCCAGCUCUCAAGACGCUGCUUGUCUAUGAACAUAAAAUUUUCUUUGGCAGACAUGCAGUCAACACAGUAGAGGAAAUAGAGGAACUGAAAAGCAUAAUUUCUGAGGCACUUGGAUAUUCCUGGAAACCUGUGAAACAAGAUGACACUUUAUAUAAACUAUCUUGCUAUAGGCAGAAUCUGCUGUUUGAGGAUAAUGUUUGCCAGUCGGAGGGUUUCUGGUGAACAUUGCAGACAUCUGUUGGUCACAAGCCAGAGCUGGCCACCAUGCUGUUUUCAAAAUCUAAUAAUAAAAGACAAGUCUUUAAAA